AUUUAAUUCAAAACUGAUUUUAAUAUAUUUUAGCUACAGUCGUCCUUACGAUGCAACAGAUUCGUCAAUACUCGACGAUACACAAGCUCAAAGAUUAACCCCGGCGAAAUUUGCAACAGCUCACACAAAAGCUUCAAUAUCGUCAGGAAAAUGUAUCAGAAUCUUACCGCAUUACCCUCUAGAUGGACAAAACGCUGUGGUAGAAUUCAUAAAUAUGCAAAAAUUAUUGAUAAACGACGACGAAAUGGAAGAAUUAGUUACUUUUCCGGGACCGUUAAUAAAAGGGGUUACUCCAAAGAAAACCGUUAUCGAAUAUUGCGAGAAUAAAAUAAGAAAAGCUUCGUUUGAUGAUGGAUUAAUAGAUGUGGAUUCGUACGUUUUGUUGUGGGAGUUGAUGAUAUUGUUGAUUAGACAAAAUGGGAUGGUUGUUGGUACAGAUAUUGCAGAACUUUUAAUGAAAAAUAAACGUAUCAUUGAUUUUCGGCCACCUUCAGCACAUUCUGAACCGAUUCUUGGAAACGAUGGGAGCAUAUCCGAUACCGGAAAUAGCAGCAUCACAACCGAACAAAUUUACAAUUUCUCUUCAUCAAAAACCGAAGAAGCAAUUACAAGUAAAUUCCGUGAAUAUUUGAUGUACGGUUCUGGAAAAGAAGCUUUAGAAUGGGCUAUGAACCAUGGAUUAUGGGGUCACGCCCUAUUUUUAGCAAGCAAAUUAGAUAAACGAACCUACGCUAACGUUAUGAUGCGAUUCGCGAACGGUUUAACGAUGAACGAUCCGCUUCAAACUUUAUAUCAAUUAUUAUCUGGUCGACUUCCGGCUUCCGUUACUUGCGUAGCGGACGAGAAGUGGGGCGAUUGGAGGCCGCAUUUAGCAAUGAUCUUGUCGAAUACGACAUCGCACCCCGAUUUAGAUAGAAAAGCCAUAACGACGAUGGCGGAUACUUUGAUGAAUAGGGGCAGUUUGUACGCAGCGCAAUUUUGUUAUUUAAUGGCGGAAGUUGGGUUUAGUAGACAUGGUACUGAAGGUGCUAAAUUAGUUUUGUUGGGUUCGAAUCAUCAUAAACCCCAUAUGCAAUUUGCAACGAACGAAGCUAUUCAUUUAACGGAAGUUUACGAAUACGCUUGUAGUUUGAAUGAUCCAGAUUUUUUGAUACUUGAAUUUCAGGUGUACAAAUUUACGGUUGCAACUCGUUUAGCAGAUCGGGGUCUUUUAGAGAAAGCCCUUUCUUAUUUAGAACGCGUUGCAAUGGCCAUUAUUCGUCACACUACCGCUAUUCAACCGUAUUUAAUAGACAAAGUGAGUGAUUUAGCGGAUCGUUUAAAACAUGUCGAUCCCAUGGGGGAUGCUGACGACGUUGCUGGGUCAGUUACAAGCUGGUUAAAGGAAUUGAAAAGUGUUCAACAAGAUUAUAAUAGUGGUUUAUUAUAUCAAGAUAGCAACAAUAGUCGAUUGCCAUCAGAUUAUGAUUUAACCCAUUCGGUUAACGCGUAUGAACAAGAACAAUCUCAACCGGAAGUUUGGCAACAACAAGUUCAAGGGGAUCAAUUUCAGCAAGGUUCUGGGCAAUGGUCUACGGAUCAAAGUUAUGAUCGUAGACAGGAAGUUCAACAAGAUCAUCAACAACAACAAGAAGUUAUUACCGGUUAUAACCAAUAUCACGAGCAACAAUCGUCUCAGCAGCAACAAUUUUGGGUCAAUCAACAGCAACAACCAUGGAAUGAAUCCUCUCUAAGUUCUUUAGAUCAAUUUCAACAGCAUCAAAUCCCCGAACAACAAGACACUGGUGUUCGGCCGCAAGAAAAUGAUUAUUGGAGCAACCAACAAGCUCAAAAUGAGCCAACGGAUGAGGUGGAAAAACCCAAGGAAAAUGAUGUCCGACCUCAAAUUUCGAUGCCAAAUCAACAAUCGAAAGGAAAAAAUAUUUUCGAUGAAGGAGUCGAAGAAAAUCAAAAGGAUCGAGUUAAAGAAACGCAAAAUAAAGCUGUGAAAGGGCCAGAAAUCGCUUCGAAACAAGCCAGUUCCGGAUGGUUCGGUGGAAUCUUUAGCAAAUUAGCUUUAAGGCCUAAAAACCAAAUGAAAUUGCCCGACGAUAAAAACCCAUCGAUUGUGUGGGAUCCUGAGAAGAAGAAAUGGGUUAACCUCGAAGAAGAUCAAAAUGAUGCCACAAACGAAUUAAAGCCGCCCCCGAAAAUGUCGGAUUUAAUGCCGAAAAUGAGUGUUCCAACGAUGUCUCCACCACCAGGUAGUGAUUUUUCAACGCAUGAUCCAAAUUUCCAAAGUAGUUACCAAAAUUACCAACAAUCUAACCAACCAGAUAGUUUAACGAUGAUUAAUAAUCAAUCAAUGAGUCCAAAUCAACCCGUUUUAUAUGAUCCAUCAGGUCCUCAAAUAACUGGGAAUCAUUCUCAGUCGCAAACUACGUUCGGAGGAGUACAUUCGGCUAAUUUGCCCGGUGGAGGUGUUCCGGGAAGUGGGGAAGAAUUCAAAAAUAAUCAACCGAAUAUGUUUAAGUUACAAAGAGGUCGAAAUCUAAAAAAAUCUUAUGUUGAUGUGUUCAAUCCGGGUGGAAAACCGAGUGUUCCUACAAUGAUGCAACCCCCUCUUGGAAAUUCAACGGCCGGUGGGGAUACUCAAAUGAAUUAUUUCAUCCCAACCCCGGUAAACGACCCUAACGCUCCAACAGAUUUUUUAACACCAGCUCCUACACAUAUAGAACCUCAGAUGUCUAGAUGGAGUUCGGCUAGUUCACUUUCUAGAGAAGUUCAACAUUACAUGUUACCAAAUUCAAAGAAAAUUCAAUCGAAAUCCCGUAAAUAUGCUCAUUCUAUCCUCAAACCUUUGGCCCAAAUUCCUCAACAAACGAUAAAGAAUUAAUAAAAUAUUGAAAACGGAAUGAAAAGUGUCCCUGAAACUGUGUUUUGUUUUAUAUCGAUGUUUAAAAAUUGAAAAGCAUAAAGUUUUGUAUAAAAAAAUAUUACUUGAUAAUAAUAAGCUUUGUGGGAGAAUCGUAGAAAUUGAAAACGAAAAAAUUUAAAUGUUGUUAAUACUUACAUUGUAUACAAUCCUGUGAUGAUUGAUUUUAACUUAUGUACCGCUACGUUUAGGGUGAAGUGUUGUUAUUUUUUUUGUGUUUAAUUCACCGAAAAAGACAAUGUCUGAUUAAAAUAAGAAAAAAAACCAAAUUGAGUUCAGAAAAUCAAUAAAAUUAAUAAAAUUAUGUGGGAAUAUUGUAUGAUAUAUUUGAUGAAGGGUGUACUUGAACAUAUUAUAUUAAAAAUCUUUUAAUUAUUAAGGA